GCGAGGUGGGGGCGGCCGUUUGUUUUCUCGUGCUCCGGCUCGCGCGCUCUCUUCCCUCCCUUCUCCCCCCCCUCAGCGAGCGGCGGGGCGGAGAAACGGCGGCAGUGGCAGCAGCGGCUGUAGCAGCAGUAGCUGUAGCAUCGGACACUCCUGUCUCCCUUCCAGCGAACCGGUUCCUCUUCCCCCUCCCUCUCACUGUUUGUUGUGUGUUUGAUGUGUUAAAGCAGGAGCGAGAACCCGAGCAGCGCCAUGAGCAACACUACUGUUGUCCCCAGCACUGCAGGCCCGGGCCCCAGCGGCGGGCCCGGUGGCGGCGGUGGCGGCGGUGGAGGCGGCGGCACCGAGGUAAUCCAGGUGACUAAUGUCUCCCCGAGCGCUAGCUCUGAGCAGAUGCGGACCCUCUUCGGUUUCCUAGGCAAGAUCGACGAACUGCGCCUCUUCCCGCCUGAUGAUUCACCUUUGCCAGUUUCAUCCCGUGUCUGCUUUGUUAAGUUCCAUGAUCCAGACUCAGCAGUUGUGGCACAACAUCUGACAAACACUGUAUUCGUUGACAGAGCUUUGAUAGUCGUACCAUAUGCAGAAGGAGUUAUUCCUGAUGAGACUAAGGCAUUGUCUCUGUUGGCACCAGCUAAUGCAGUGGCAGGUCUUCUGCCUGGUGGUGGACUCCUGCCUACCCCUAACCCACUUACCCAGAUUGGCGCUGUUCCAUUGGCUGCUUUGGGAGCUCCUACUCUUGAUCCUGCCCUUGCCGCACUUGGGCUUCCUGGAGCAAACUUGAAUUCUCAGUCUCUUGCUGCAGAUCAGCUGCUGAAGCUUAUGAGUACUGUUGAUCCCAAGCUGAAUCAUGUGGCUGCUGGUCUUGUAUCACCAAGCCUGAAAUCAGAUACCUCUAGUAAAGAAAUAGAGGAAGCCAUGAAGAGAGUACGAGAAGCACAGUCCCUAAUUUCUGCUGCUAUAGAACCAGAUAAGAAAGAGGAAAAACGAAGGCACUCAAGGUCAAGAUCACGUUCUAGGAGGAGGAGGACCCCGUCAUCUUCUAGGCACAGGCGAUCAAGAAGCAGGUCAAGGAGGAGAUCACAUUCUAAGUCAAGGAGUAGGCGACGAUCCAAAAGUCCAAGACGGAGAAGAUCUCAUUCCAGAGAGCGAGGUAGAAGGUCAAGGAGCACAUCAAAGAACAGAGACAAGAAGAAAGAAGACAAAGAAAAGAAACGUUCCAAAACACCACCAAAAAGUUAUAGCACAGCUAGACGUUCCAGAAGUGCAAGCAGUUUAUACAUCUGUGGUUUUAGAGAGAGAAAAAGACGACGAAGCAGAAGUGGCACGAGGUCUCCUAAAAAGCCUAGGUCUCCUAAAAGAAAGUUGUCUCGCUCCCCAUCCCCUAGGAGACAUAAAAAGGAGAAGAAGAAAGAUAAAGACAAAGAAAGAAGCAGAGAUGAAAGAGAAAGAUCAACAAGCAAAAAGAAGAAGAGUAAAGAUAAGGAAAAGGAUCGGGAAAGAAAAUCAGAAAGUGAUAAAGAUGUGAAAGUUACACGGGAUUACGAUGAAGAGGAACAGGGGUAUGACAGCGAGAAAGAGAAAAAAGAGGAGAAGAAACCAACAGAGCCAGGUUCCCCUAAAACAAAAGAAUGUUCUGUGGAAAAGGGAGCUGGUGAUUCACUGAGAGAAUCCAAAGUGAAUGGAGAUGAUCAUCAUGAAGAAGACAUGGAUAUGAGUGACUGAAUAUCGCCUCCAUGAGAAUUUGACUGUAUACAUGCAUCAGUGUCAUUCCUUUGUGUGAUUUCUUAAUGCUGUAUUUGUUCAUCUCAAACCUAGAUGUAUACAGCUCUGAGUUAUAAAUGGUUAUAAAGCUCCUAAUAUUGACAUUAGUUAUUUACACCAAAAAUCUUUUAGAAAAUGAUAAUGUGGGUAACCAAUUCUUGACAUGGUGAAAUGUGAUUGAGUAACCAAGCAGUUUUACAAUUCUGGUGCUGCUUCAUAACAAAAGUGAAAAGCUGCAUGCAUCUACAGCAGGCAUGGAUUGUUUAUGUUGUAUGAUCUCCUUUAUUACGUAAGUUCACUUAUAGUAUUUCUAGAAUUUGAUUCAUUGCCGUAAUAGAGCCAUGUAGGGAAUGCACUGAUUGCAUGUUAAUUGUGGCAGGAAUAUCCUAAAUGUCAUUAAAAUCUCCAACAUGAUGGAUCUACUUAAUGGUCUUGUUUGUUGACAUGACGAAUUAACAUUCUUAUAGUUACAUCUGAAAUGAGCAUUGAAAUAGAUAAUCCUUUAAGCCUUGUGGCUAAAUUUUUGUGGCUUUUGUUUAACUUUGAAAGGUGUUACAUGCACUAACCUUUUUUUGAUGGCUAAUUAGGCUUUAAUUACAGAAACAAGAUUUCAAAUGAAACUGUCUUUGACAGUAAGUAAAUAGCAUAUUUUGAGGUAGAAUUGUAUACUUUUUCAUAAGGUAUUUGGGAAAUUUUUCCUGAAAUAAUUUAUUUCACAUCUCCACCAGUGAAGCUGUCUGCCUGAGUCCACCUAUACAAGGAAGUUUUCUCUUGUCCUGAUUUUCAAUUUUCCACUCCUUUAUUAAUUUGUUUUAAUCUCAAUGUUGGAAAAAGGGGAUAGUGCAUUUUUAAUUGACCUUCAUAUGCUUUUAAAAUAAGACAAAUCUACUUGAUAAUGUACUUUUUAUUUGAUCUCAAGUUGUAUAAAACCAAUAAAUUUGUGUUACUGCAGUCGUAAUCUUAAGCACCCAGUGAUUCCAUGUUAAAAUGCAAAGUAGUUAAGCAAUUGUUUUCUUAGUUACAGGAAUUUCAAGCUUCACUUUUGUGCAGUAAAAAACAAAAGUAGGCUACAGUCUGUGCCAUGUUGAUGUACAGUUUCUGAAAUUGUUUUACAAGACUUUGAUAAUAAAACCCUUAAACUUAUGUUCAUGUUCCUGUAAACCCGUAUUUGUAUUUAUUUACACUGUUGAAUGUAUGACAUUUACCUCAUUCAUUUUACAAAUCAAGUUUUUCCCCUUUCAAUUCACAUGUUUAAAAAUAGUAAGAUGAAAUCCAUCAUCUAUAGUGAUUGUCAUCAGAAUUGUCAAAGUUGGUUUCAUUUCUCUCUACAAGUCUUUCCUAGUGUAAUGUCACAUAUUUGGGUGCAGGAAUUUGGUUAACCAAAUGAUCCCACCUAUACCUAGUGAAUUUAUAUUUUCAGUGAAAUAUAAAUACCUUUUCUGGAAUAGUAUAGAGAUUGCCAAUGGUAUAUAUACUGUAUAAUACUAAAUAGUAUAUUCAUUUAUGAAAUGAGUAGUGUUUUGAGUGGCUGGGAUUAAGGGGAUACUUGGAAUUGUAGCUUUUAUCAAAGUUGAGUAUGUUUUUUUAACUUUUAAAACUGAAAUGUCAUAUAGAAAAGCAGCAUUGUUUCUACAGUUUGUAGUAAGUAACUUUUUAAAGAUUUUAUCAGAAGGAAUUUUGUCUAUAGUAAGAUCUAUUAGUCCUAGUAAUCACUGCAUUUUUAAGCAAAAAGUUGAACAAAAAUGACAUUUAACCUUAUAAAAACUUUAUAGAAAUUUGAAUCAUCUGACAUAAUCAUUUUUGUAAGUCAGAAGAAAAAUACUGGCAGUUUCACAUGGUUAGACCUAUUACUCAGAAUUCAUUCCCUCACUUGUAAUCUCUGGAUACAAAUACAACUUUUCAAAAAGGGAUAAGAAACUUUUGACUCUAGAAUAGUACCAGAAACUUAAGAUGCUACCAUGAGGGGAAUUCAUACCAAGGUUAUGGUGAACAUUUUAUGCACAAAGGUAAGGUUGCACUGGGACACAGCCUUGCACCAGAUAAAGUGGACACUGCCUCCACACUGGGUUUUGUUCUGUAUUUGGUAGUAAAAAUGAUCAAGAAAUAAAAAUGUUUUUGUUAGAAAAA